AAUGUAAUCCGAUAGUGUGACGAAGGUAGUACGCAACAUUUACGACCUAGUUCGUCGGUAAGGGCUUAGAGAUAAUCUUGUUCCGCUGAAGAAGGAAAUAUUAGCUCCGUAUAAAGGAGACCGCAGUACGGCAUAUGUCAAGUAUUUGCUUGCAGAAGCAAUGAUGAAGAGCCUGGUUUUCGCACUUGUGCUGGCUGCUGUAGGAUUCGUGGCGCCGUAUCCGCGCUAUGAGGAGGUGGUGCGCAGCCCCAAGGACUUCGACCUGCUCUACAGCUCGACGUCAGGACCUCACAACGAGACGUGGUACUUUGCCUCCGUAGUCAACCUAACGUCCAUCAUCAUCCCGUCGCAGAUCUUCAACUUCUGGAGCUCAGGUCCAUGGACGAGUGGAUCGUACAAAGAGGAGGUUGACAUUUACGUGUACGAGACGGUACUCGCGAGCGGUUCCGGGUCGCAGACUUACUUGUUGGCGUCUGGCUCCUUCAACGGCACCGCCAGGUUCGGCCAGGAACUGGACAUCCCGCUCAGGAACGCAACGCUCAACGGUGCGCCCCCAGUCGGGCAGUACUUCAACGCCUACAGGGGCUACAAGUACACUGUCAACAUCGUCUUCAAGAAGACCGGCAUCUACCCAUGGUACACGACGAGGACUCUCUCCACCUACUCCGUGGUCUCGGGCAUGACAAAUGGAGUUGGAAUUGCCAUCGGACUGUCGUACACUCUUGUCUGAGAGGUUGUGCCAAAUCAACGCAUCGCUUUGGUUAACUACGAGACUCUACUGUCGUAGAGGCUUGCAGACUGGGGCGUUAUUCACUACUCCUGCUGCUAUUGUGAUUCGUGCUACAAACAGUUUGUACAGCCAACUCAGUGCUUACUGAAAGUGGCCGAAAAAUGCUUUCUAAGUCUGCAUCUCAGCUUCAGUUUACUAUCAAAAAUAUCAAUGAACUGAAGCUGAGACGCACACAUGGACAGCAAACAUUUUUCAGCCGCAUUCCAGUAGCACUGAGUCAGCUGGCCGCAUCGUUUGAAGCAAGAAGUCAUUUUCAUUUUGUAUCUGAACCAAAGAUGUUACGUUCCGUUACCAAUUGUAUUAUGUAUUUUAGCAACAUAUUAUUUCUCAGAUUUCUUGUUUUAUGAUAUAAGAGUCUUAGCGACAGGAAGUUUCGCUGAAAUGAAAAAUAAACACACAAGCAGUUACAAUAUGGUGAAUGUGCUAGCACAAAUAUUUCACUAAAUUUGUUCAAUGUAUCCUAAAAAAAAAACAACCAGGCAAGCUUGGUGCCAUAUGCUGUAUACCCUCGUCACAAAAAUUUGUCUCUUGUAUAUAUAAACAGAGCUCGACAAAUUUAUGUAUAAUGGCUCAGACUGUAAGCCUUGUCAUCUAAUGAAAUCUGUAUCGGAUGGUAAAAUAGCAUAAAGCUACAUAUAGUACAAUUCAACUCUAACUAAUGAUCUGUAGUUGCUACUUUGCAGCAUUUGAGGUAACUUAUAAAGCACAUUCACGAAAACGGGUAUGCACGAUAUUAACAGUUGGUGUACUGAAUGGAACUUCUGUUUAAAUUUCUACAAAUGUUAGAUAUUUUCCAUAAACAAGUAAAAUAACCCGAUACCGUGGUGACGAUAAUCGCGACUCCAGAGAACAAGCCGCGCUAGAAACACUCGUAGCGCAGCAGCUGUACGGGUUGGCAGAACGAACUAUACUGGGGUUCGCCAGGGGCCGCAGCCGCCAACCCAUGGGCAUCACGUGUGUAGACAGAGAUUGAUCGAUGCACUGAGCUACGGCGGACAGUUCUCUUCAGUGUGCCGAGUCGUGUACAGUCUCCAGUUGCCGCCGAGUCUACAAGCUGCAGUGUUCGUCCAUCGUGUCUAAGACUUAGGCUCCGUGGGUGUCGUAGGCCAGCUGUGGACUACGUGGACAUUACUCAGAAACACACGGACAGGAGUCUAAAUAUUUCAGAGAAUCUGUAAUAAUUUCAGUUGUCUGAAUGCGCUGGACAUUUGAUAAGAAGAUGUAUCAUUUAAGUUGAGUAUGUCUUCGUAUUUAAUAAACAUACUUUUAUUACUAA